UGUGGUACUAGUGCAAUGCGGUGCAAUACUGCAAACAUGCAUCGUGGAGCAUCUGUGCAACAGCGCAACACAGUGCAGCUGCACAAUGGUGCAAUGCGGCACAAUAGUGCAAUGCGGCACAAUAUUGCAAAUGCACAACACAGUGCAGCUGUGCAAUGCUGCAACGUGGCACAGCAGUGCAAUGCAGCACAGCAGCGCAAUGUGGUGCAGCAGCAUGCAAUGGCACAACACGGUGCAGCUGUGCAAUGGUGCACCAUGCCCUGCAGUGCAAUGGUGCACCGUGGUGUGGCAGCGCAAUGGCGCAACACGUGCAACGAUGCAGCUGUGCAACAGUGCAAUGUGAUGCAACAGUGCAAUGUGGCGGAACAGCACAAAUGUGCAACAUGGAGCAUCCAUGUGGCAUUGCAACACAGUGCAGCUGUGCAAUGGUGCAACAUGGUGCAGCAGUGCAACGGCGCAAUGCGUUGCAACUUGGUGCAACUGUGCAAUAGUGCAACGUGGUGCAACAGUGCAACACGGCGCAGCAAUGCAACGGCACAAGCUACUGCAGCCGUGCAACGGCGCAAGAGCGCGCCGCGGCGCCGCAUCGCGAUGUCGCGACAGGCUCCGGCGACACGCGGCCGCCGCGCGGCCCGCCAUGACGUCACGGCCUCCUUCGCGCGCGCGCGCCGCUCCCGGAGCCGGGCGGUGGCGGGGGAGGGGGCGUGGCCAGAGGGAAGGGGGCGUGGCCAAGCGGGGGGCGUGGCCAAAGGCGUGGAGGGGGCGUGGCCGCGUGUUCCCGCCCGGCCGCCGUCGCUCGGUGCCGCUGCCCCCGCCCGGGCCGGCCGCAGCAUGGCGGGAGCCUGGCCACGGAGCCCCGGCGGGCGGCGGCGGCUGCGGGACGAUGGUGUGAGGACACACACCUCGUGCGAGCAGAGCAAAGUGGAGGAGGUGGUGCAGGAGGUGUUCGACGCCUACAAGACCAACCACCACGCUGCGCAAUUGGUGCUGCAGCGGGAGAAGCACUUCCACUACCUGAAGAGAGGCCUCCGGCAGCUGAGCGAAGCCUACGAGUGUCUGGACGCCAGCCGCCCCUGGCUCUGCUACUGGAUCCUGCACAGCUUGGAGCUGCUGGAGGAGCCCAUCCCCGACGCCGUCGCCUCUGACGUCUGCCAGUUCCUGAGCCGCUGCCAGAGCCCCCACGGCGGCUUCGGGGGGGGCCCCGGGCAGCACCCCCACCUCGCCCCAACCUACGCCGCCGUCAACGCGCUCUGCAUCAUCGGCACCGAGGAGGCGUUCGGCGUCAUCGACAGGAAGAAGCUCCUGGAGUACCUGCAGGCGCUGAAGCAGCCCGACGGCUCCUUCCUCAUGCACAUCGGCGGCGAGGUGGACGUCAGGAGCGCCUACUGCGCCGCCGCGGUGGCGUCGCUCACCAACAUCCUCACCCCUGCGCUCUUCGCCGGGACGGCUGAGUGGAUCGCCAGGUGCCAGAACUGGGAGGGAGGCAUCGGCGGGGUGCCGGGCAUGGAAGCCCACGGCGGGUACACCUUCUGCGGCGUGGCGGCGCUGGUUAUCCUGAAGAAGGAGCAGCUGCUGAACCUGCGCAGCUUGCUGCACUGGGUGACCAGCCGGCAGAUGCGCUUCGAGGGCGGCUUCCAGGGCCGCUGCAACAAGCUGGUGGACGGCUGCUACUCCUUCUGGCAGGCCGGGCUGCUGCCCCUGCUGCACCACGCGCUGCACGCGCAGGGUGAGCCGGGGCUACGACGCGGCGCUGGCAUGACGCGCUGGAUGUUCGACCACAGCGCGCUGCAGGAGUACAUCCUCCUGUGCUGCCAGUGCCCGGCCGGCGGGCUGCUCGACAAGCGGGAAACGCCCUCGGUUCCCCCCCCCGCCAGGUCCCGGGAUUUUUACCACACCUGCUACUGCCUGAGCGGGCUGGCCAUCGCCCAGCACUUCGGCAGCGGCAACCUCCACCAGGAGGUGGUCCUGGGAGUCCCCGAAAACCGCCUGCCCACGCAUCCCGUCUACAACAUCCACCCGGAGAAGGUGGUGAAGGCGGUGCUGCACUUCUCGCAGCAGCCCGUGCCCGGCCUGGAGGUGGCGGGUAAGGGGCCCCGCUCCUUUCGGACGGCGCGGCCGAGCAGAGCGAGGUCCUCAGGGUGCUAGCCAGACCAAAAAAAAAAAGCUGCCGCCCUCCCGGCGGGAGCUGAGGGCACCAAUAAAAAGCAGAGCUGCCGCCCGCCCUCGGCUUGCGUGGGGCGAGGGGGAGCGCGGAGCCAGCCCCAACCCCGACGCGCAGGGAGCUGCGGACCCCCCGCAAGAGAGGCAGCCACCACGGGGAAGGAUAAAAUAAGUUUUUUUGUUUUUAUUUUUAUAGUCUUAUAGUAAAGGGAAGCCUUAAC